GGUUUUGUCACUCUGUAUCCAGUUAGAUGGAUUAAUUGUUACUACAAAAAUUUAUUUCCUUGGAAAAGUAAAUAUGACAGUUUUAGUGGAUGUGAUAUAAAUUCAAAUGUUUUAUGUUGUAAAGUUGGUGAUGUACAAAGAAUAAGUCUCAGAUCAAAUUUAGCCAAGGAGUUGGUGCCGUGUAUUCAUACAAAUGCUAGUGCCUUUGUUCAAAAGGUGGAUAAGUCUAGGGUACCUACCUUGAAGGAGGAAGAAUUGGAAGAAAACUUUGUGAAAGGAAGUGGACCAGGUGGACAGAAAGUUAAUAAAACUGCCUGUGUCUGUGUGCUCAGACACAUCCCCACUGGUAUUAUAAUAAAAUGCCAAGAUGAGCGAAACUUAUACAAGAACAGAGAGAAAGCUCGCCGAAUGAUGAUAAGCAAACUUGAUGAGCAUUAUAAUGGAGACAUGAGUGUGUCAGCUCAGCUCAAGAGAAUUCAAGAAACCAAAAAAUUAAAGGCCCAACAAAAAUCAGAAAAGAGGAGAGCAAUGAAAAAAGCUUGGCAGGAGAGAGAAGGUAUUGACUGACUAUUUUGUACAUUUAUAUUUAUACUGGUAGUAGAUUUGUUCAGUACACAUUUUGUUAUAGAAAGACAAUAAAUCUUGAAGCAAACUUUAA